GAAAAAAAAACGAUAAACUGUAAUUGCGGGUUUCUCUCUCAAAAAGAGCUGCUCUGUCUUUCUCUCUCUACUCGUCAAUUGUGAAUCAGAACUGUUAGUGACCUUUGUCUUCCAAAAGCUGAUAAAGUCCAGGCAUACAAUUCUCCUCAACGACCUGAGUAAUUGCCCAAAACCCUAAUUAAUACGGUAGCUACUCAAUUAUGUUUGUAAAGAUUUUGGGAUUGAUGUGCAAACUAUCUGUUACUUACAUUGAGCGACGUGUUUCAUUUCUAUUGAUUGAUUGCAUUUUUUGUUUGGUUGAUCUGAAGAUAUUUCUGGUGGAAUUCAUUGAUAAUUUAAGAAAUCUCAAACGUGAUUGGUUGCUCGAUCUAUUUCCCUUUUUAUUGCGAUUUGGAUGGUUUUCUGGCAUGCGAUUUUGCAGUUAGAUGUCAUGAUCUUCAACCGAUUUACAAAGACACUGGAAUUUCCAUAAGCAUUGGAAAUUAGCUGUUUUACAGUUGAAUUUCCAGUAGCUUUUAUGUUAUGAUAGGUUACUGGUUUCGUAAUUGGUGGAAAUUUAAGGCGGAACUUUAAGUUGGUUGCAGAAUCUGGAUAUGAGAAAUCCUUUAUUGAAUAAGCUUUCCAUAUUUUCUGGCACUAGACCACCAUUAACCUGGCUACUCUUGUGUCUUGUUAGUGUUUUUGUGCUUAUUGCUUUGUUAGGUUCAUCUUCUUCUGGUGCUUUUGACUCUGUCACCACUAGUGUAAAAUCAGAUGUUUAUACAAACUAUAGAAGAUUAAAGGAACAAGAAACAAGUGAAUUUUUUGAGUUAAAGAGCUUUGCAUCUGAAAAUAAUGAUCUGAAAGAGAUUAGGUUAUGUGGAAGGGAAAGAGAAGACUAUGUUCCUUGCUAUAAUGUGUCUGCAAAUCUGUUAGCUGGAUUUAAAGAUGGAGAAGAGUUUGAUAGGCAUUGUGAAGUGUCACAAGAUCAACCAUACUGUUUGGUUCGUCCUCCACGAGACUAUAAAAGUCCCUUGAGUUGGCCAGUUGGUAGAGACGUGAUAUGGAAUGCAAAUGUGAAGAUAACCAAAGAUCAGUUUCUUUCUUCUGGAAGCAUGACAAAAAGGUUAAUGCUGCUCGAAGAGAACCAAAUUUCUUUUCACUCAGAUGAUGGAUUGUUAUUUGAUGGUGUCAAAGAUCAUUCGAGACAAGUUGCAGAGAUGAUAGGAUUAGGAACUGAUGCAGAAUUUCAUCAAGCUGGUGUGCACACAGUGCUUGAUAUUGGUUGUGGUUUUGGAAGCUUUGGGGCUCAUUUGCUAUCAUUAAAACUAAUGGCUGUUUGUAUGGCUGCAUAUGAGUUAACUGGUAGUCAGGUCCAGUUAUCUCUUGAAAGAGGUCUUCCUGCAAUUAUUGGCAACUUCAUUUCAAGAAAACUUCCAUUUCCAUCUUUGUCAUAUGACAUGAUCCACUGUGCACAAUGUGGUGUUCUAUGGGACAAGAAAGAUGGAAUGUUUCUUAUUGAAGCUGAUCGGAUACUAAAACCUGGUGGAUACUUUGUAUUACAUAGAACUUCAUUAAAUAUGGAAAAAGGAAGCCCAAUUGAAGAGUUCACACAAAAAAUCUGUUGGACAUUAAUUGGUCAGCAAGAAGAAACUUUCAUCUGGCAGAAAACUAGCGAUCCCCAAUGCUACUCAUCUAACACACAUGGCGCCAUUCCUGUUUGUAACGAAGAACAGGAAGAUUUUGAUAUUCAAUCGUAUUAUCAGCCACUUGAAUCUUGCGUAACAGGGGCAUCCAGCAAACGGUGGAUUCCCAUCCAGAACAGAUCUACAAAUUCCCAAAUUACCCCUGAUGAGCUUCGGAUUCAUGGUGUUGAGCAGGAUGAAUUGUAUGAAGACUUUGAAUCUUCAAGAUCAGCUUUGAGAAAUUACUGGUCGUUACUCACGCCGUUAAUUUUUUCCGAUCAUCCUAAAAGACCAGGGGAUGAAGAUCCGUUACCUCCUUAUAACAUGAUUAGAAAUAUGAUGGAUAUGAACGCACGUUAUGGAGGUUUAAACGCUGCGUUUUUGGAAGCGGGAAAAUCAGUUUGGGUGAUGAAUGUUGUUCCAAUUAGGGCUCAAAAUUCACUCCCUCUUAUACUCGAUCAAGGUUUCGCAGGCGUUCUUCAUGACUGGUGCGAACCCUUUCCUACUUAUCCACGCACAUACGACAUGCUUCAUGCAAAUGGGCUCCUCUCAGACCUUAUAUCAAAGAAAUGUAGCACCACAAACUUACUUCUGGAAAUGGACCGAAUUCUACGACCUGAGGGAUGGGUUGUUCUCUCAGAUAAAGCGGGGCCUAUAGAAGACGCGCGUACAAUUGCUACACAGAUACGAUGGGAAGCAAGAGUAAUCGAUGUUGAAAAUGGCAGCGACCAAAGGUUGCUCGUUUGUCAAAAGCCAUUUCUGAAAAAAUAAGGUUUUACUUUUUUAAUUUUUAUUCUGUAUAAAACAAACUCCGGUAAUUAUUAUUUAUUCAACACCAUUCACAUUCCACGCAACAAUCACGAUAUCGUAAGCUGUAGAUUACACAAAGUUUUGAUUUUUUAACUUUCCCCAUGUUUCUUUAAUUUUUUUUUUUUGUAAUCAGACCUACGUUUUGUAAGAAACGUGAAUGUUAAAUUAAAUGCAAGUGUUGUUAUAUCA